AUGUCAGUGGAUACGGAACUUCAGAUCAGUGUCGAUGAUGAUUGGGUUCCUGACGAACGUGUGGUUCAGCAUGACGACAGGGGCCAUGAAGACAAGGACACUUCGCAAGCAGAUGGGUCGGAUGCAGAUUUUGGGCAGAUCGAGAUGAUGCAGGAUGCCGUGGCUGACUUCAUUAGCCAACUCAAGCUCACAAGUUCCGACAUGUUGCGGACGACGGCGGCACAUCGACCACUGUGGCGCUUUGGGCGGCCGCUACGCGAUGGGCGAUAUUCGCGGCAGCUGUACGGAUGGAGCGGUGUGACAGGGCGGGUCGCGCAGUUUUGGAGCCACUCUUGGCAUGGAUCGGUUGUGGCGAAAGUACUGUUGCUGCUGGUCAUGUACAAUGGCUUGCCGGCUGUUUUGGUCGGGAGCACAUCUGUGGCAAUCACAUUGCUACUGCAGCAUGCAUGUUUGCUUCCAUGCAGCAUCGAACGGAACGGACAAUCAGCCAUUGCCGUUGGUGUCGGUUUGCUGACCAGUUCUUUGACCUUCGCCCUUUGGCGGUCCGGACAUCGGGUCUUCUUGGACAGGAUCUGCAUCCACCAGACAGAUGAGAAGUUGAAAAUGAUGGGUCUGCUGAAUGUCGGGGCAGUGUUGAAGAAUUCAGAUUCCCUGGUCGUUUGCUUAGAUGAUACCUAUAUCCGGAGGCUCUGGUGCAUGCUAGAAGUCUCUGCAUUUCUGAAAAGUAAUGGCCAGGAUGGGAUCAACAUCAAACCCACCAGCUGGGGUGUGAGUAUCGUUAUCCUAUUCUUGUCAGGAAGCGGCAUCAUGCUCGGUGCAUCGGUCGUGGGUGCGAUUCUCAAGCAGUCGGCUGGCGUGACCACUAUUCUGGGUGAUGGACAGCGGAUGGGCUUCUUGCUUUGGGCGAUACUCGGCAGCACAUUCGUGCCUGGUUCCUUGAUCACCUUGUCGUUGGUAAGCCGGUCCUUGCGUGCGCACUUCCGAGCGGUCGAUCGCAUUGUCAAACAGCUGGAAACGUUCUCCAUCAAGGACGACACCGUCUCCCAUUGCUGCACUGUGAACCACCUCGACCGCCAAACCGGCAAGAAGAUUCCAUGUGAUCGCAUGAUUCUUGAAAAAUGCCCUGGUGUUGUGGUUUUCAAGAAGCUCACAGCCAGCACAGUGCCCUACUCUUGGAUUGUGGCUGCCGGCAGCCCUCUCCUUUGGUUUCAUGCCGGGACUGCAGCUUAUCAUCUGCGGACAGAGAAUUACGAGGCCGCAGCGAGGCUUGUAUUCUACGUUCCAUCCUGGUGGCUGGCGAUUGGCCCAACAUACCUCCAACUUUUUGUGUGUCUCCUUCGCCGCGUUCGUCGACAGCGCCAAAGUGCUUGCCAGGAGGUGCUGAUCAAUCUCGGAUGCUCCAUGUACGCCGCGUUCAUUUACUUCGCCGUUGCUUCGUUUGAAGGCCUAAGCGCGGCGCAACGGAACAUGGUCGAUGAUGUGAUGCAGGUUCAAUCGCAGGCCAUCGAGAGAAUACCCGGCAUGCACGCCGAAUGGUCGAUGAUUGAUGUUUUGGCUUUCGGCUUCAAGGUGAGCCGUGCAGGAUUACCACAACAUCCCGAAGUUCAGCAGCCCCUUCGAUUUGCAUUGCGAUGUACUUCCGGCCGCACGCAUGGCAAGUCAGAGAGAAAGUUCAUGCAAGCAGCUGCAUUGCAACGAACCUGCAGAUUUCCGGAAGCCGAAAUCUCAACAGCGAAGGCCCAGCCUCAAACUGCUCUCAAAGAGGACCUCAUGGAGCUUUUCUGCGCCCGGCAGCGACGAAAGUUCUCUCGCGGAAUCAAGCGCAAGCCGAUCACUGUGCUGAAGAAACUCCGAAAGGCCAAGCGCGAGACCGCCUAUGGUGAGAAGCCCGAGGCCGUGAAGACCCAUCUGCGGAACAUGGUCAUCGUGCCGGAGAUGAUCGGCUCCGUGGUCGGCGUCUACAACGGAAAGCAGUACAUCAACGUUGAGAUCAAGCCCGAGAUGAUCGGCCACUACCUCGGUGAGUUCUCCAUCACCUACAAGCUUCUGAGAGAGCUGAACGCAGAAGACAGACACUUGAACUUUGUCCGCGAUGCUGUGGCUGUUGGCCUGGAUGAGCAGAUAGGAGAUCUGAGUGGGGUCGUUUUGCAGCAGCAGGAAGUGCAACGGAGUGAAGAUGGGUUCAGCUUGCUGCCGUACCAACGCAGUGCUGUGGAGUAUACCCUCCAGCGUUCUGGCCGCGUGCUCCUGGGCCACGAGAUGGGGCUCGGCAAGACCGUCAUCGCUUUGGCGGUUUGUGCAAACUACAGGCAGGAUUGGCCUGUUUUGGUCGUGGCACCCCCGGUGCUGCUCGAACAGUGGCGCGAUGAGAUUCAGCGAUGGUUGCCAGACAUUCCGGCAGAGGGCAUUCAAGUCGUUCGCAAAGUGAUGCACAUGAAGAACAAGCAGAAAGUGCCAGUGGAGAUCAAACCGACAGCGAAAUUUGUUUUGGUGUCUUACGGCCUCGUCGUUGGACAGAUGCAGCGCAAGGGUGUUGCAAAAGGUGUGGGCGGUGGUCAAAGCAAUGGGCAUCUACGCGUCGCAGCGAACGGCCAGCCGUACCGCACGGUGAUCAUCGACGAGGCCCACGCGCUCAAGGAUUUCAAGACGCAGCGAACAAAGACCUUGAUUCCUAUCCUGCACAGAGCUACGCGUGCGAUCCUGAUGACGGGCACACCGCUUGCGAAUGCGUCGGCCGGCGAUAUCCUCCCACUCAUGGCUGCUGUUAUCGGCGACUGCAUUCGUUUGCCACCUGUGGACGAGUGGUGCGCGCAUUUCUGUGCCGAGAACAGGCCAUUUAACACAGGAUGGAGGACAAUCAGUCGUUGGAUUGGCGUGAGCAAAGAGCAUGAGGAAACGCUCUCCGAGCUGUUGCGGCUCUUCAUGGUGCGUCGGACGAAGGAAGAAGUGCUUGCUGAGUUACCCCCAAAAAGGCGCUUGAAGGUGCGCCUCGAGCUGACCUCAUCAGAGAUGGGGCCCGUCACCAAGCAGCAGCAAGCUAUUGCAGCUUUCGAAAACGCCGCCAAAGAAAGGCAGGAAGGCGAUGAGAUCGACAGUCUGCCCAGCCACGAGAUCAUGAAGAUUUUCAAGCUGCUGGCAGAAGCAAAGCAGGGCGCAGUCUGUGAUUGGUUGCACACCUCGUUUUUUGAUGAGCAGGCAGGGGUGAAGACCAAGGUGUUGAUCUUCGCUCACCACAAGUGCGUCCAUGAGAAGUUGGCGGAAUUUUUCAAGAAGCAGCUCGGCGAGAGCAGCUGUGGCGAGUCGUGGGUCCACAUCACGGGCGAAACGAGUCCAAGCGCACGAAGCAAGCAGCUGGAGAUGUUCAAGUCAGCUCAGCGCUGUCGCUUCGCUGUUCUGGCACUGACAGCAUGUGGCACGGGGCUGAAUCUUGACAUUGCUGACACGUGCAUCUUCGCCGAGUUGUGUUGGACACCCAGCGCGCUCAACCAAGCAGAGUCGAGGAUACACAGGAUGGGGCAGCAAGCCAGCCGAGUGCUCGUGUACUAUUUGGUUGCUGGUGGUCGUGGUUCACCUGACGAGAUUAUGUUUAAUGCCCUGGCAACAAAGUCUGAGACCGUCAGCAGGGUUGUCGACCAUGAGCUGGAUCAUCCCUCUACGCUGCGAGACUCGCAGCUGCUGACUCCAAAGCGCAAGAGGCGCAGCAGCCACGUAGACGAGGUCGGAGAGACGCCAGAAUCAAAGCCGAAGCGUCCGGCUCGCAGGCAGCCGGAGACAGCGCCCGAAAACAACUGGGGCUUUGUCCGACUGUCUCUUGCAGAGCUGUUAGGUCUAUUCUGA